AGCUGUUUGAAUACGCAUACCACGCCAGAGCAAAAAAUAUUAACAAACGCCUCCGUCGAACGGUGCGACUUUCAAUAAUCAUUCUCGUUUCUUACGCGUAUUGUUAAAUCAGACUUUGAUGCAAAUGUCACAUAGUCAAUCAGAGCGUUCGUGAACGAUCUUUUUGAUCUUCGUCUCAGUAUGAUCUCGCGUUUCGGUUUUGGCGCAGUGAUGCAAUGUGAUUGAGACUGUAUCUUGCGCAAAGAUGAGAUUGAUCAUUAUUUCUGAUCAUCACUCGUGACGCGCAGUGCGCCGAUUGUGUCCGACGAUUGCGACAAAGACGACAAUAAUGAGAUUAUUCAAACGACGAAACUCCGAUCCGAACCCUCAAUUGGAGAGCUUGUCAUCGCUUUCGGAUGUCGAGGAUCACAAGACGAAGUCAGCCAGAAUUGACGUUAAUAGAUCAUAUGAGGCUCCCAAGUCAGGUCUUUCUGCUUGGGGAAGAACGUGGGGCAAGCUGAAAAGAGGUGACUCCGCAGAGGAAAUCAAAACAGCUAGUGGUAAAAAGCGAAAUUUAUCAUAUUUGAAAAAACAGAAAUCACCAGACUCGUUCAACGACACAUUCACUACUUCUCUAUACCGCGAAAACGAUCCUCCAGAUUUAAAAUUAUCACAGACAGAUUUGAGGAAAAUAUAUGACAUGUACAGAAAUAUGAGCGAUAAACCUGAAAAAAUAACGAAAUACAAACGCAAGGCAAGAUGCAUCUCUGAUAAUUUGGAGUUAAGUCAACAGCAGCUGCUAGACUACUUAAUUCUGAUGAAACCGUCACCAGAUGAGCUAGACAAAAUAUUUGGUGAGAUCGCAGAGGAGAACCUCAAGGCGUCUAGAUUGAGCAGCGUUUCAGAAGGAAAGAGGUCCAGGACUAGGUCUAGGAUAAAAUCAUUCUUUUCCAGAUCAUCGAGCAAAUCGGACGAUGAAGGCGAUAUCCGAUUGCAUCCGAAAAAUUCAUCAACUGAUAGUUUGACGAGUCUGUUGAAUUUCAUAAUGCCUAGCAGAAAAUCAUCUCUGAACGCAUCUCCAAAGUUGAAUGGUAAAUUCAGGUCUGAUGAGAGCGGUUAUGGUAGUGACUCUACAAAAGCUGCUAGCAUCGAUUCCCCCAUUGGAUCUGUCAAGUCCCAAAUUAGCGAGAAUAACGUAUACGAAGCCGACACUGAUACAGCAGAAGAAGACAACGAUAACGAAAACGAUAGCAAAAAUGAUGGCGACAUAACAUUAACAGAAAUAACCAUAAAACCAGUAACCCCAUACAAAACCCCACACAAAAGAGUCAGAUCGAAAAGUGACGACGAUGAAAGGGACUCUUUUGUGAAACGAGCUGCAUCUUUCAAACGAUUCUUAUCACCGCCUAAAAGAACCAAGGCGACAGAGGCUGAUAACGACGAUAGUCGCAGUUGUUGUGAGAGGAUCAGCAAAUUAAAGCUCAACGAAGAAAGAGAAAAACCGGAAAAUAAGCCACUGCCUGAUCAGCCUAGAGAUGCAAGGCCAAAACUUAAUAGAAAUGAUAGAAACAGACAGAGUUUUGGAAGGACACCUGGGUAUGCAGCCAAAAACACCCCGAAGGACUCUACUACCAAAAGGUUGCCACAAGUACAACGGAUGAGUCCUGCCAAGAAACAGAUGCCCACCAUACGCAGCCCUUUGAAACCUGUGGAAAUUCCUCCAUUGAGACGUAGUGGGAAAUACAGCGUGACGACAGCCAAAAAAGACAUAUCGGGUGAUUCAAAAACGACGCCGCCCAGAUCUAAAGCUAGUACUAGUAGAUAUGUCGGGCUAUCGGAUAUCCUAAAGGCAGAAACAAGGACAACUAAUAAUGAUGAUUUGGUGAGCCCGGUUUCUUUCAGUGAAAAGCCCAGAAGUAACCCUCCAUCAACAACUUUAGACAGGAAUCACGUCUUCAAGAAACCGAAUGUAGGAUCAUCCAAGGGUACUCUGGAUAAGAAGAGCACAGGUAUGAGGAAAUUCUCAUAUUCAUCUGAAACAGCAGCCGCAUCUCACAUAAAUUCUUCAGCGGCAAGACGAAUGAGUUCAUCAUCUGUCCAGAUUCCAACGAUUAACAGAAACGGGGAUAUCCAAAGCAAGAGAAGUAAUCAACAACAAAUCAAAAGCGUGGUGUUUCGCAAAGGGCCCGGAUGCAAGUCCUUAGGAUUCUCCAUAGUCGGAGGUAAAGAUUCUCCCAAAGGCCCUAUGGGGAUAUACGUCAAGACCAUAUUUCCGCAGGGACAAGCAGCAGACUCUGGAUUGGUUGAAGAAGGUGAUGAAAUAAUAUCGAUAAAUGGUACUCCAUUCCGAGGUUUGUUCCAUCGAGAAGCAGUUGCCUUGUUCAAGAGCAUCAAGUGCGGAGAUGUGCUGGUUGAACUUAGGCCUCGACUCAACUAUAAACCAUUUUGUAGUUCUUUAUAAAAAUGUUAAUCACUUGUAUGCAAAUAGGAUAUAUUCAUAUCGUGGGGCAAGUAGUACAAUUUUCUGAUGAUGUGACAAGCAGCACUUUAAUUACGAACUUAAGCUUCCAGAAAGGAUUUAGCCUUAUACGAGGUCAACCUCAGAGUUAUAGUAGACGACAACAAUAUUGUUUUCGUUUACAUUUUUUGCCGAUAGUCAUAAAACGGCUGUAAAACCAAGAACCAAAGGUAUGAGGACAGACGGAUCUGAAAGUUUUCAAAAAUGUUUCUCUUGCAAGUCUGGAUGAGGUGAGAGAUGACUAAAUCAAGUUGUUGAAGUAACGUUGUAAUUAAUUAUCCCGGCAUUAGUUGAAAAUUAACCAAAAUAUACAUAAAUAUAUAUCUGAUGGUAGCGAUGUCAAGGAUGUAAAGUUACUUACCUAGUUUGCUAUGUUGAGGAGCCUUCUUCCAGAAGCACGCACAUCAAGAUCAUUCACCAAAUACGUAUUUCAUUUCACUUUCACAGUUUAAUAAUGAAUUUCGCGUUGCCCAUUUGGUGAAUCUUAGUAAGUCUUUAUUAUAUUUAUUUUCAGUUUGUAGGACUCUGUCGAUGGUUUUCUUCCAAUAUAAUUCAGUGAUUUGGACUGCCUCGGAUCUGAUUAGGUCAGCUACAGUUCGGUCACUAGUCAGAUUUAUGUUCCAUCGGCGUAUUCUUCUUUUUAGUUAAGCCCAUAUUGACUCUAUGGGAUUAAAUAUACAAAAAUUAGGUGGCAGUCGUACGAUCACAUGCCCACAAGAAGCUUCCAUUUCGUCAACCGCAUACCUUUUCUCAAACUGUCUUGUUCGGAGCACCUCCAACAAUUCUUUUUUUGUAUAAGAAUCCUCAAAAUAGAGAUCGUGCUCCACAAGAAAUUCUUGAAUGUCUUUAUUGCAGGACGAGGAAUAAGGGACCUUUGCGAUUUGUCUGGAAUGGCAGCUGGCAUUAUCCAUUACAAUGACACUUCCAGGUUUCAAAUUUUGCAGCAAUCUGUUAGAACACCAUUCCUUAAAUAUCUCGGCAUCCAUAUUCUCAUGGUAGUCUAGCUUGCAAUCCGCUAUUUUCUUGCCAGAUAACAAUAUAGCGCAUUUUGAACCCAACCAUCUGCUGAGCCACAAUGCAGAAUGACCAUCCGGGAUCCUUUAUUUGGUGAUACACCUAUCAACUGUCAUUUUGCUGUAUCGUGUGUAUCGUACCAUGUGUUUCAUCCAGGUAAUAUAUUGGCCUACCUUCUUGCCUAUAUUCUGUGAUCGUUUCUAAGUAAGCCUGUUGACAUUCCACUAUGCACUUACUUGCCAUGCCAUGCCUGUAGAUCUCUUGUUGGUAACUCCAAAUUUGAAGGGGCAGCCACCUCUGAAAUAUAUGCAGGGAACAACUGUCGCCUGUUUCCAAGAAUUCUUGAUGUACUAUCUCUGCUGUGGGAAUUUUAUUACGUUUAUAAUUAUCAUACACUAUGUUUCUUAUUUUGGCAGUUGUUGCUGCACUUGAAGGUAUAGAUGUUCCCUUGUCAAUUCUUCUAUUUCUUGGUAUGACACCGUUACGAAUAAUUUUACAAAUUGUAGGAUAUGACACUUUAGUCAGUUCGGCUGUUUUUAAGGACACUACUAUUGCCGCUAUCACCCAUUUCAUUAUGAACAAUAAUGCAAAUCUGUUGAGCAUGAACAGACAGGCACUUUCUAUUAGAAAUACGACGGUAUUCCUGACUAUCAUUGCUACCCUCGUUACUACUAUCAGUAUCAUGCGCACUGACAGUAUCACUGUCCGAAAAGUCUUUGCUGCAAGAUGGGUUUCCAUCAUUCAUAGCGCCUAUGUACAUAUAAUUUUCGAUGUCCGUGGGCGGCUGACCUGCCUGAGCAGAUCGUUUCCAAGGGCGGAAAAAAUUCGUAUCGCAUAUAAUUGUUAUUCAACGCGUCUUCCAUCAACCUGGAUCGUCUGCAUAGAACCCCAUCGCGAGUACCGCUCUGUGCAUCGCGCUGGAUUCAUCUGCGCGCAGCGCUCGGGAGGGUGGUGGAGGGGUUCAGGUCUUCAUAGCGCAGUCACAUUAUGUGAACUUGUUGCAUUGACAGUAUCGAAACAAUGCGAUUCUUUUAGAUUCGCUACAUUCAAACCAAUUGUAUCAAACUAUUAGGGCUUUUUAGGUUAUUGCAUGAUUUAUACAUUUGAACCAGAUUCCGUUAUCAUUUAUACCGCAUCAUAAAAUGACCUACUAUAUGUCGGGUCGGUAACACAAGGAAGCAGAAAAAAUAUAUACAAUAUCGUUGUCGUCUACUUUACCAGACCACUUUCUUGUAUAUCUGGUAUAACGAGAAUUUAAUGAAUCUUCCUAUUAAUAAUAACAUAUGCACUCAUGAAUUACUUGAAUUACAGUUCUGAUAGUUCCUUUCUUGGUAGUCAAUAGAAGUGUAUCAAUUUCUAUAUGAAUAAUAAUUGAUUUUGUAGAAUUUAAAAAUGUCGAUAUAUGACUUCUGUACGAAUGUUGUUUCAUUUACUCAAAUAAGAGCUACUUACCUCAAGAUGUGUAAUAUUCUGUCAUACACAGCACUUUUAUCAUAUCUUCUAGCUCGAAUGUUCGAAAAAGGAAAGGUAAGUUGCGUCAUGAUCACAGGUACACAAAAAAUGGGAAAAUACGAAUCUGAAGUCAAAAUAGGGGAAAAUGCAUGUUUUUUUUGUAUUUCAUCUCGAUUAGUCACGUAGAUGUAAUACCGUAAACACAUAUUUCACUUACAUAAAACUGCAAUGCGAUUGACGUUGAUUUAAACGCUGCGCUUCACAGUGACGUCAUGACUCACCAUUUGUUAUUUGAUCGUAUUUUUGGUUAGAUCACUGUUGAGUUGUUGACAUACCAUCUAUUUACAAAGUAUUACUGAAAAUUACAUUUAAAAGCGGCAGGGGUAUCACGUAACUUGAAAAGUGACAUUAUGCCGAUUUUUUUUUUUGACAUUACGCUGUUUUUUUUGACAUUAAGUGGGUAUUCUACAAAAUAUUAACUUAGCACUUAGUUGUACGUGUUUCCUAAACGUCAUGAGGCUUGUUAUCAAUCUUUGGCUCUGAUGUGAUGUAAAAUCUCCUUCUAAGAUGGCAUUACUGUAUGUGUUGAUGAUAAUUACAUUGGGUUCUUGUCUCAAAUACACUUAAUUGAGAUUCAAAGCUAGAAAUUAGUUGCGCAUCCACUUUUUCUUAUCCAUUCUGGAAAUUACAUAUACAAAAUUGCUGAAUUUCAAAAAUGAGAGAGAUAAGAAAUAAUUAUUAUAAUCACUGUACACUGUUGAAUUAAAAGCCAUAUACAAGCUAACAGUAAUUACACACAACGCGGGCGCGGUGAUGAUUUCCCGUAAUUCUCCUCAGUUUUUCGUUAUUUAUAACUUUGAACAUAACCUCUCUUCAGAAAGCAGAACAUAAAUAACCCGUCAUAUUCGAUAUAUUCAGUAAUGAUUUUCUCACACAGCAAAUAUCACUGAUUUUAUACACAUGCAGACCAAUACACAUAAUCAUCCAGAUGCGAUCUUGCUAUUCAACCAACUUUCUUCUCAGAGAUAAAAACUAAAGACGAUCACUUAGCCUCACAAAAGUAUGCAACCAAUAAUGCGUAGUUUAGUUGAGUGAUUCCUCCAUAGAUGGACGUUCACACCGAUCCUAAAACUACCUUGUCUGCAAGUUGACAUCUUAUAGUUUUUUUUUUUACGUUUUAUAGGUUUUUUACAUGAUACCCUUGCGGGUUGACACUCAAUGGCAGUGGGAACAAACGACUAUACUUGUAGUAACCGUUCUUGACGGUUACGUCAUCAACGCCAUAUGAAGUAAGUAAACAGAUAGAGUCUAGAUACCAUGGGGGGAACACUGCGCAGCCUAAUCUUCAACGCAUCUGCUACUCUCUCCAGUACGCAUGAAGUGGGUAACAGGGGACCGCUGAUCGUAUUUCCGGGCAUUGUACAAUUUUAUAUUGAAGAUUGAUAACAGGACAACUCGAAUUGCACACCGAUGUCAAGUACGCUGUCACUCCGACAAGUAUGAUUGAACGGCUCUCAUACGUAAUACAGGGGUGGUAGGUUGCAUGUGUAUGUAUGAGGGAGGUGGAGAUAUAGAAAGAGAUACUGGUACGCCGAGAACGAUGACGAAAACUAUACCAUUUUGAGUCGGACUGACCAAAGGGUUGGCUGAUCACACGGCGCAAAUGGUGACGUCACGCCAAUAGCGUUUGGCGUUGUAGGCAUCAUUAGUUAUCAAUAUAGACAUUAAAUAAAAUGCAAUUGAGCGAUAUUUUAAUGACAUGCAUAUUUCCCAUUGGGAGUCGAUGGACAAAUUUUAUAGAAAACCCAUAAAGACGAUAAAAUCCAUAAUAUAGUGAUUUUUUGGCUACGUUUGUCCUCGAAUUAUCUGUGUAAUGGAUUUCUGCUUCAUUUUUUUCCCUUUAUUGUUUGUUUCUCUUUGUAACCUCCAGCAAGCCUCCAGACUGCUUCAAUAUAAAAUGGUAAAUAUACAUAUUGCAUCAGAGAUGCACCUCCACCAAAAUCUAUAAUCUUGAUGUCGAAGUCACUUUCAUAGUUAUCCAUCCACUCGCCAAUUCUGACCUUAGAUUCGUGUUUAGCAGGCGAACAUAUAGUGGGACUUCAUUGUAGACCUGUGGUUUAAUGAAUUGUGAGAAGUGCCUGAAGCUUGAUCUUUGUAGCCGGUUGCUCACCUUUUCGGACAAAAUUGAACAAAAGUUACUGAACACCGCGAGACGAUAUGAGAAGCAUGUAGAAGGAUUUCCCUCCUGGUAGCGCACACUGAUGGAGAAAAAUUCCACGACACUCAACACUACAAGCAUCGUGCGUAUUACACCAGAUUAUCACAGUAAAAAUGUCCCAGAGUUCUCAAAUCUCUGGCCGAGAAAGUCCAUGUCAUGCUCUUCGAUGCCAAGAAAGAAUCAUCUUCUGGAGUAUCGAAGGGCGUCUACAUCACGUAUUUACAGGCAAAUUGUUCCAAGUUGUCGUACUUUUCGUGUACAUAUAUGUUUUGUGGUCAACAUUCCGCAAAAUCACCAAAGUGCUAAGCCACAGAUACAUCCGUAAGCAUGGUGGUCGAUCUACUUUUCUCUCAAGGGUGAGCUGCCGCAUAGAGGCCCAAAACCUGGCAAAAAAUACGAUAUCAAAUCCGGAAUUCGUCUCUUUGAAGAUCACUUCAAAAGAAGCCAAGCGCUUGAGCUCAAUCAACCACAUAUCAUUUAGUUUUUUCCGAGUCGGAUCCAGAGGUCAUUUAGUCAUCCUGGGGGCAUUUAAAGGUCGUUUCACGGUCACUUCAAUGACAAAUUCGAUCUAAGUCUACCAAUUGGACUCAGAUGCGUGAUCUUAUUUUGCAGUAAACUGGCUAUAUGUCGUUUGAUUUAGGUAUCGGACAAUGGAGUCUUAUCAACAUGCAGACAACAAGAUAAGUUUCAGGCUUUACAUUAUCCUUAUUAUGAUUCAUAUUCAGGUGUUUAAAAUUUUCCAUCGCAAAAUACAACGAAUGAUACAGAACUUCUUAAAUUUGGUCCUAAGAAAGGAGUGACGAAUGAUUUAUCACAAAUGUCAGGUUUGAUUAUAAUGCAAUGGUAAAGGUAGCAUUAGCAAUGUUUUAAUGUAACUCCUGAAACUUAUCCUACAGUUUUCAUGUUCAUAGGACUCCAUAGUCGGGCCGAAUCAAACACGUACAUAUGUUUAAAUUUCUGUUCAUUGCACGACCCUUCAGCCAUCACAAUAGCCUUUUUCCAAGUACAAGGACCAUACUGACAGUAGAUUUUGUUUAUAUCUGUCUUCCAGGUAAUUAGCUUCUUUUUUCCUCUUCAUUCAUAUACACUGUGUAACUACAUUAGUCUGAAAGGUCAUGUUAAGUUGGCAUCGCGUAAAACCAGAAAAGUUCAGGAUCGUCUGGGGUAGAUAUUUCCACUCCCAAAAGGACGUCCAGCUCCCCAAAGCGACAAGCGAACAUGACGUUAUCUAUCGUUUUUUUAAUGUAAUAGACACGUCACCCUUAAAGUUUUUGUUUCCAUUGAUUACUUAGUGUUUUGCGGUAUUUACUUUGAAAUAUAUAACAAAUUUGAUUAACCCUAGUUACUUUCUUGGUUUUUUUUGUUGUUGUAAGGUUUUCGCAUAGAUAGUCCACUGUUUGCUGGGAGGGAAGCCCUUUGCGAUCCUCUUCCUCGUCGUUCUUCGGUGUGCGCUGAACUGAUAAGUAUCAUGAUCAUGUCAUCGUGGUGUGAUUGGUGUGAUCGAUACUUAUUGCCUUUGCUAUUGUUUUUCGGUGCUAAGUUCUUGAUAACGAAGGCGGUUGUUUCAAUAUUCACAUCUGUAUGAUUUAUAGUAUCUGCACCAUGAACAUGAUGUUGCUAUAUCUAAGUAAUGUUAUUCGUCCAAUAAAAAUGGUGAAUCUUGAACAUCCGAAUUAGGAGGUGUCAAAUAAAUUGCAAAAUUAUUGAGCUGGUCUGUGUUUGAUAACAAAAAUCAAAAAAUAAUGCAAAACAAAAUAUUGAUUAAUAUCUUCCAUAAAAAAUGAUAGUAAAUUCCAAUAACAUAAAAGCUUAAUGGCAACACCACUGAUAAAACCCACUUCAAUAGACUCACAUAGUUUGUAGUAAAAAUAUCAUUUACCUAAACAUAAUGUUUUGAUGUCGAAUUAGGUAAUGUAACAAUAAGACUGUAACGUGAUUAUUGUAAAUAUAAAUCUAUUCUUUAUAGAAGAUUGUAAAAUAACAGAUAGAACUUUAUCCGUCAUAGACUCUCAAAAUUUUGUUGAAAAAGUGAUUAACUUGGGUUAUACCAUUUUUUUAGCUGUAUAGUGCGAUCAAAAUUGAGAGUAUUGGCUCUUAAAAACCCAGAAAUUAUAGAAUAUAUAUAUAUAUAUACGUAUAUAUAUAUAUAUAUAUAUAUAUAAGAUUACAAAUUUUCUGUUCUAUAUUUUUCGAACACUGAUGAUUCCUUCAUUUAGAUUUAUUAGGAUAGUAAAAGUUAGUAAGGCACGUAAGUUUAUUUUUUCGUACCUACACUGUAUUAAUCUUUAAGCACAAUUUUCAAUGUAUAUAAUUUAUUAUGUAAAAUAAGCUACAUAAUUUGUGUUGAGUUAUUUCUAGUUUUGAUGUACAUAUAUUUUUUAAUUUUGUAUCGGAU